UGUUUGGCGAUGAGUGAUCCUUGAGUCAUUGCCACCUGUCCUUGUACAUGCACACAAGAGGCUAACCUGCCGCACGGCCAGCUUCUCCUUCCAUCUUCCCUUCCUCCCGCUCCCACAUCACUGUGCAGCAUCAGCGCUAGCCACAAUGGGCAACAGUACAGUAGAGAGCUCGGGCAGCAUCUAUGAAGUUUCUCGUCCACGCUGGCCGAGAUUCAAUGAGCCCAAUCUAGAUCGCGUAUUUGCACCUCAGGACAACGGCGACGAUAAGGACAAUGAUGGCGCUAUCUCACGAGGAGCUUCUUCCUUCGUGUAUGAUCGCCAUGACUUUUUCUUGGGGUACUGGGGCGACGAUGUCAAGCCGCCACAGCACUUCGAGGAAGUGAAUUGUGAAGAACGACCCCUACUUGGCAUUUGUUCGGGUCAUACUCUCUGCGGACAGGUCUACAUCGAGCUUUUGUGGGUCAAGAAGUUGGAGCGUAAAAAGGGUCUGCUUGGUAGCGGCGCCCGCCUCCUGCGUGAAGCGGAGCUCCUCGGCAUCAGAAGAUGUCAAGCUCGAGGAGCCUAUCUGAAUACAUUCACAACGCAAGGCGCUGAACCCUUCUACGCCAGUCAAGGCUACAAGCGCCUCAUGGUCAUACCAGGCACUGUUGAUCGGGUCUACAUGGGCAAGACGCCAUUGCAAGAAGAGCGAGCGAUUGAGGGACAGCUUCUUGAACCUUGAAGCCGCGGCGGUCAUUUUGCGGUGCUCCACGGGGUUGUGGGAGCGCGAAGGAACGGACAAGGGGCGGCGCUGCAGCGACGUCAUCGCGAAGAGUGCCAAGGGUCAUGCGGCCUAAGAGUUGACGAGGCUCGCAUUGACCAGGCGGUGCAAGCAAGCAACCACGCAGCAAGACGGACAUCUAGAGUAGAUAGGGCCCCUUGUUGGUUGAGUAGGCAUCCAGGCAGGCAGGCAGGCACUCCGAGGGGCACGAGAAGGAGUGGCAUGCUUGAUCUGCUGGACCCUGACCACCUCCUCAGGCUCUG